AUGAUAAAUACAGUUCUAAUUUUUACUUUAGCCACGUACUCGCUUCUUCUUACCGUCUUCCUCUGCACGUACCAGUACAAGAUAAAUCCGUAUCUACUUGCCGCGUGCACAAAGCUGUGCACGAUAUGA